GGUGCUCUCUGGGUAAAUAAUGGUGCGCACCCAAUGCGGUCCUUUUACUCAUCACGCUUCCAAUAUGGCGGUGAAUCUCACAGACCUCUCCCUUCCUCAAUUAGAAGGACUGAAGAGCCAACUGGACCAGGAGGUUGAGUUCUUGACGUCUUCUAUAAGUCAGCUGAAAGUUGCCCAGAACAAGUUUGUUGAAGCCAAAGACAGCUUGAACGUCUUGAACCCAAACAAUAAAGGAAAAGAGUUGCUUGUGCCUCUCACCAGUUCUAUGUAUGUCCCUGGAAUGUUAAACGAUGUAGAACAUGUCUUAGUGGAUGUGGGGACCGGAUAUUAUGUUGAAAAGAAUGUGGAGGACUCUAAAGCAUUCUUCAAGCGUAAAAUAGACUUCCUCACGAAGCAGAUAGAAAAAAUCCAGCCAGCUCUUCAGGAGAAACACGCUAUGAAACAAGCUGUUAUUGAAGUAAUGAACCUGAAGAUCCAACAAUUACAACAGAGCCAACAGGCGUCACAGAUGAUUGGAAGCACUAAGGCCUAAUCAGAAGACAUGAUUGAGCCAUUUGGAAUUAGAGACAUUUUGAAGUUUAUCCUCACAAGAUGAUCUAAAAUGUACAAUUCAGUUUAAAUUGUUGGUGUGAUAGUAUUAGGAGGAUCUCUUGUGUACUUGCAAUAAUUUCAAUUGAAUAAAUUUGGUGUUACCACACUA